AUGCCCUAUACCCUCCCCCCAAAAGCCUUCCUAACCCUCAAAAAACUAACCCACCACGGCGACGCCGGCGCCCACAACCAAGGCAUCUACCUAACCCAGCACCUCCCGACGGCCAAAGUCUACAUCGAAAAGCGCCUCCUCCCCUCCCGUGCCGCAAAACGCGAAAUCCUUGCCAUGCGCCUCUGCAACCCACACCCACACCUCGUCUCUAUCUUCACCUCCACGCAAUCCACCUCGAUAAUCUCAAUCUACAUGCAACACUGCGAGCUCGGCAGCCUCGACACUCUAAUCCUACACUUCAACGCACACGCCACGCGCCUCCACGACGAAGGCUUCGUCUUCCGCGUCUUCUGGCACCUAGCCCUCGCACUCUGCUACUUGAGCACGGGAGCCGAUUACGCCACCACACGAGACCGGGCUUUUCGGGGUAAAUCCGCGGUUAGGAAGAAAGGAUGGCAUGGCAUGGUGCACCGCGAUAUCAAGCCUGGUAAUGUCUUCUUGACAAGAAACAGAGAGUGCAAAGGUGCGGAUGCGCAUACGCUUUAUCCGUGCGUUGUGCUGGGCGAUUUUGGCUGCGUGGGCGCCGGGUCGGAGCGGUAUUCACGACAUGCGCGAGUGCUGGGGCGGGGGGAUCCGCGGUUUGAGGCGCCGGAGCGCGAGGGGAAUGCGUAUAGUGAUGUCUUCUCCGUGGGACUCGUAUUGCAUUGUCUGGCGCGUAUGGUGCAGGUUCCCGAUGAGAAUUUACUGCCGGAUAGGCCGUUGGGAGGGCAGUAUACGGGGUGUAGACAUCUGGCAAAGAUGGUGCGGGAUUGUCUGAAGUGGACGCCCGAGGAGAGACCUUCGCCGCUGGAGCUGCCCAGGUUGGUGUUUGAGGGUUAUCGUGUGUGGAGGCAGGCGAGGGGGUGCGAUGGUGUUGCUUUGCCUAAAUGGGCUUUUGGCUAA